ACAUUAAAUAGCAUUUUUUGCUUAACUGCAGACUUGCAGUCGUGUCUCGUAGUCCUUGUCAUAAGAUGGAUAUGCUCCAAGGACAGGUGCUUGUGAACAAGCAACGACAAUCUAUUUCAGCUGAAGUAGCUCUUCAGAACAAGGAUAUUAUUUGCUAUUACUUUUCAGCUCACUGGUGUCCUCCUUGUCGUAUGUUUACUCCAAUACUGGCAGAUUUCUAUAGAGACUUGCCUGAUGAUGGAGUAGAAUGCAUCUUUAUCUCUUCAGAUCGCAGUGAAAAUGACAUGAUGCAAUACAUGCAAGAGUCACAUGCUGAUUGGCUUGCUACACCAUGGGGAAAUCAACUUUCAGCGGCUCUAAAAGCAAAGUAUAAUGUCAGUGGAAUUCCUUGCCUUGUUGUGGUUAAGAAAAAUGGAACUGUUAUCACCAAGGAUGGAAGAAGCGAUGUUCAUCGCCUUGGUACCGGUUGUCUUCAACAAUGGAGAAAAUAGUCCCAUCAGACUGCAAAAAAUAAUGUCAUCACAUACCCUUCUCUCCAACCAAUAGCUGUAUACCAAUUUCACUAUGUACUAUAUAAGGAAUCGGUAUAUGCAAUCAAAUUGUAUGUCGACAAACUGUCCCCAGAAAUCAAAGCUUUAUAUUAAAAAGUGUGUGCUUUACCAAUACCAGUGAUUACUACUGAACUAUUCAACGAUAUCUAAUCUGGUGAGCUACGCACAAUCGACAGCAUCCAUGGUUUUUGAAGACUACCAGUACACAUCGUAUAUAGAGUCCGAAAAUUCAUAACCCUUCCCGAAUGUAAGUGUUGAGAAAUAAAAUCCCCUUUCUUUAUA